AUGGACAGCGAAGACCAGGUCUUCAUCCUUGUCGGUUCUACCGCACGCUUUAUACCCCAAGGAGAGGAGCAGAUCAUAGGGCCGGAAAACACAAUAAAUCUCGUUCUCGACCCGAAGCCUCUCCCAGUCCGGAUACCACUCAUCUACUGUAACGUCUGCGGCGUCAGCUGGCUCGUAGGCCAGAAGGGUCGAGAGGCUGCAGCUGGUCAUCCAUCACAUUAUACGCUGGAUCACAUCUAUGCAGGGACUCGUCGCUCCCUAGUAGCUUUCAUCGAUGGUGCCUGUCCAGCAAACGGGCAAGGUGCUCUCCAGGCCUCGAUCGGUGUAUAUUUCGGACCCGAGUCGCCAAACAACAUUUCUCGUGUCAUAAGUACAUAUCGCCCAACGAACCAACUUGCAGAAAUCACAGCCGCAGUAGAAGCCAUGCGCCAGGUCCGCUCUAUCAUCAUGCCAGAGCGCCGUGCUUUGGUGAAGGCUUCCUUGCCUGGAAGCCACCCCGACGCCUUGCGGGACAUUCGCCACUUCACGCUGGUUCUGGCAACCGACUCGAGCUAUCUAGUUGAUUGCAUGUGCGAUUUUAUGCCGCAGUGGAACCUUGAUGAGACAGAGGGAAUCUAUUACAACCGUAGGGGCGACGCUAUUAAGAACAGCGAAGGUUUUUGGACGCUGUAUGAAGAGAUAAAGCUCUUAUCCGCCGUUGGCGUUCGGGUGAAGUGGUACCAUAUUCCACGUGGUUUCAACUAUGAGGCAGAUGCUUUGGCGAAUGCAGCGUUGCGCAAGUGA